UAGCCAUCUCCUGGUUACCACAGGGUGAAACCCAGAGCGACUUCUGAAUUCCACCCGCCAGAAACCAUUCCUCCCCACUCAGCCUUUUGUCCCUGUCGAGGCUGAUCUGAAGGAGCUCUUGCAGAGAUCACAGGGCGGGGUGCCCUGCACAACCAGGACGGGUUUGGAUGCUCCGGGGACCUCGGGAGGGAUCCAGCACCAUGGAGAGCGCCGGGCGCCCUCCGGCCCUCGGAGCCGGGUGGUGACAAGGAGGGGACUGAGAAACAUCAGGGGGCAAUUUCCAUCUCGACGCUGAUGGUUUGUACGAGGAGCCGUCAAACAGAAGGUCAAAGCAUGACGUUUGGCCUCCUGUGCUAUAUUUUAAUCCGAGGAAAGGACUGAGCUAUUUUCCUGACACUAACGGAAUCGAAAGCACGUUUCUGUGUUCAUCAUGCUCUUCACAUCGCGUUAGACUGAAGGCAAGCGAAGCAGUAAUAGAUUUUUGUGUCCUCGUUACACUAAGUGACAAAUUCGUCUGGCAGCUGAGGGCAAGGGUUGCAGCUACUGGUUACUAGAUCUUGGAUUAAAUUAAGAAGCUGAAAGAGACGAGGUAUAAAGGGGAGGAAGCGACACACUAUGUUCAAAAAGAUCCAUUCUAUAUUUCACCCCAGCUUCCACCGAAGAAAUGUGACAGAUGACAUCCCUUACUGUGAUGGCACAGGUUCUGCUGUCAGAUUGAUCCGCAGCAGUUCUAUGUAUGUCCUUGGAGGUGAGCAGGAAAAAGUUGGUGAAUCACUAAAAAAAUGCAAAAGUACAUCCAGCAUCGACUCUUGCUUCCAGUCAAAAGAGGAAGACAGGGACUGGAUGUAUUCUAAGACUCAGGACUGCUUGAAGUACUUGCAGGAUCUGUUAGCCUUGAGGAAAAAAUAUCUUGACAACAUCAAUAACUUGAAAUCCAUGCAUAGGACUGCAGAUUCCCCAACAUCCACAAAAUCAUCCAAAACUGGAAAGAAGUCAUUUCUUCUACUUCCUUCCAAAGAGUCUUCUAAGGCAUCUAUGGAGAGAAGAAUAGUCCCACAGCACAGUUCAGAUAUAAGAGAAGCAAUAGCAUUCUUUGACUCAGUUAUUGCAGAUCUGGAUUCAGAGAGAUGGCGGAGAGUUCCUGACAUGGAUUUGCCAAACGUGGAUGUUGAUUUCGAUGUUGCUAAGAGCACACGUGAACACAGUUUACAUUCAAACUGGAUCCUUCGUGCUCCCCGCAGGUACUCUCAAGAUACUGCCCAAACAGCCAAGGCUGCAAACCAGUCUCAGAGAAACAGCCAACGGAGAACCACUGGCUCUAGGAAGAGGUUGGAAAGACAUCCCAUGUACUUGCCCAAAGCGGUGGAAGGAGCAUAUAACACGUUAAAAUUUAAGCCCAAAACACAUAAGAGAGAAUAUUGAAAGAAUAUUCCAUCUUCAGCUGAAGACAGAACGUAUUAAGUGAGGCAUGGAAGAAUUGCUUUUUUUUUUUUUAAAAAAAUAUUUAUUUUUUAUCCCAGCCCAUCUCUUGCACUCUAGAAGUCACAUGUGCAGUUACUGAAGGUUCUUUGUGUGGGAUGUACUUUAAGCCAUGGCAAUUCCAACGCUGGACUCAUUUGAGUGUUUAACUCAUUGAGUUCAUUGUGCCUAACAAUACUGCUUUGUCGUUCAGCUUGGGGGGAACUCCAACCUGACAAGCCUUUUUGUAGUGCUGUUAUUGAAAGCAAUGAUUCAGAGAUUGUCUGGUGCAGUAAUUUUUAUUCAGACUCCAGUACUGCAAAGCAAUUCAGCUAAGACAUUGUGAUCUUUUGCACCAGUGUUUGUGUCUUCAGAGCGGGAAUGCAGAAUUUUCUCCAUUUUUUGCAUGUGAAAAUCUGUAUGUGCCAUCAUUGACUCUGUGGUCUGAAAAUAUACAGCAGCAUUGAGGUACAAGCAGGCUGUGGUACAAGCAGAAAAGGUUGCAGAGAAUCUGCAUUGGGAGUCUAAUGUUUCUUUGAGGAAUUGCUCCAGGGUGUUCUGGAAAGAAAAAAAAAAGAAAGAAAGAAAUACCCAAACUAUCUUGUACUCUGCUUACUACUGGGAAUCAUUCUGUCCUUGGAUACAAUGCCAAGGGAUAGUAAGCAUGCAUAAAUACAUGCAUAAAUGUGUACAGCUUUCUUUCAUAUGGUAACACCCAGAUGCUGAACGAACCAUAUCCAAGUACUAGGAAUACAGACAACCCAGUGAACGUGAGCUUAAAAUCUUGGAGAAGAGCACUUGGUGAACAAAUUGAAGGAGAUGUUGUUCUCAAGGGCAGAAGAUAAAUCAUGAGCAAAUUCAUUGCAUCAGCAUUAAAUUACAGCCAGUAUUUGGAUUUCUGCUAGCUCAUCAUUAAAAACUACAUAAUAGGAAGAACACGGUCUAAAGCUAUUCUUCUUCAGUCUCUUUUACCUUAGAGGUGGUAUGUGUUACAUGUGAUAUUUAGAAUUGUUAAGACCCAUACUCUGACUAUUUUACUGAUGUACAGCAAUGUAAAAAUGUAAAGAAUGUGACGUGAAGCUAAGACCACAUGGAUGUAUUAACUAAUGCUCUCCCUUCAGAGGGAGCAUUACCUCUCAAUACCUGAACUCCUACCAUAGGAGUCAGCCUGAGCCACAAUCCCCUGCUCAAACUUUGCCUUAAGAAUUUGCUAAGAUGUUUGGGAUCAAGUCGAUGUUAGCUUUUUCAUCUGGUGUUGAAUUGGUUGUUCACUGUGACAGAUAGAUCAUGGCAAUGUUUGUAUGACCAGCUGGUGAUUUCCUCAUAAUUUCUUGUUUGUACAGUUGGUAUUUUUUGUGCCCACAGCCUUGGAUAAAUUGCCUGAGGCACCGGCCAUCCAUAGCAUCCAUCUGAUGUAUCAUAACCAUCAUAAAGCUUGUAAGCACUACACAAUAUUUGGCGGGUGGCAAUUCUGCUGAUCCUGGUCCUUGUGACUUUAUUCAACCAGCAUUUCUGCCACAAGGUGGAAGUACCUCUCUCAGAUCUCACUGAUCAAGGACACUUUUUGUCAUGAGAUAGGAGAGUGCCAAAGAAUAUAUGCUCCUCUAUUCGCAGCUGGCAUCUCCUGUUGGAUUAAAGCAUUUUGUUUAUUUUUCUAGUAGAGUUCGUGAAGGGGAGGGAGGAAUUGUUUCUGUAGUGCUUUAAUCCUGGAGGUGCUUUUGUCACUCUUAGUGACUGUCUUAGUGACAGUCUGUAUCCUUCUGAAAAUAACCAGUUAAAACAACAUCACUAACACAUCUUUGUGUAAACUAAAUUUAAAUUAAGGUCUGGGUUUUGCUUCCCUGCUGUUGGUGCUUCCCACAACUAGUCUGCGUACAGAUAGCAUCACUGCCUUUGUAACUCCCCAGUCCUGACCUGACUGCCCUGACCUGGGCAUUGCAACUGUCUUUAGAGUUGUUCUGACUUUGAUGUGGUCACACAAGGCCACUCACUUCAGCCAGAUGGGAGAGGCAGAGCACAGCCUGCUCCAAACACAGCCCCCUUGCCUGGGGUACCUCAAGGUUGCAGCUCUGCGUGUGUGUGAGAAAAUGGGGGCUGCUGCACUGUUUUGGCAACUCUGACACCCUGAAACUCCUCUCCAAGCAGAAUCUCACACCGAAGUUGUGGAGGAACAGUUUUCCUAAGUGUGUGGUCACUUUUUUUUGCUACUGGGACAUGAAACAUAGAGAGAUGCUGACAGAAAACCUCAUCGUCAUUUUGAUGGACUGUAAUAGAAUUAAAUGUGCAUAAUUAAAAUACUGAUGAAAGAAGAAGAAAAGGUUUCCAAUGGUGUUCA